AUGGGCCGGGCCCGGCCCUGCCGCCCGCUCGUCCUSGCGGUGCUGACGGUGAUGGCGGUGGCAGCAGCCCCUUUCCUGGCGCGGCCUGGCACUGCCUGCCCCUCGCCCUGCCGCUGCCAGGGGCGGCUGCUCAACUGCAGCCAUGCCGCCCUGGCCAGCGUCCCGCAGGCCGCCCGCCGCCUGGCCCUCUCUGUGCUAGAUUUCACCGGCAACACUAUUUCUUCCAUUGACACACCGGUGUGGAGGGAAUUCCUGUGGGCUGAGUACUUAGUUCUCCAGGACAACGCUCUGAAGUCAGUGGGGAGGCAUUCGCUGGAGGGUUUGCUCCUGCUGAAGCACCUAGAUUUAUCCUGCAAUAAAAUCCUGUCGAUUGAGGAGCAUGCUUUUGAGCCACUUCCUUUUUUGCAACUUAUAAACCUUGGUGGGAACCUCAUCACGCAGAUCCGGAAUGGCACGUUCCAGGCCUGGCAUGGGAUGCAGUUUUUACAGAAGCUGAUCCUAAGCCAUAACCCACUAUCUGUUAUCGACGACACGUCAUUCUUCGACCUACCUUCAGUCAAAUACCUAGACCUGGGUGCAACACAAGUGACCCUGCAGACCUUUCACACCCUCCUCCUGACAGCAGUCCACUUGGAAACGCUCAAACUCCCCAGUGAUCUGGCCUGCUGCCUCUGUCAGACGAAAGACACUGUUGAAACCCUGUGCAAGACCGUCAAGUUGCGCUGUGAGAAUUUGUGCUCCGCCGACRCUCCCGAGUGUGCUCACACAGGUUCUCUAGCAAAGAUGCGAGCAGAGAUAAAGAAAGUGUUAAAGUCCAGAAAGCCGAACAGCACCAUGCUGUUAAACCUCAAGCCCAAGGAGCCCUUUCUUGGAGGCCAGGAAACCAUGACACUUUCAGUGUCCCUGAACGUGACAAGCUCGGAUGCUGAUCUCAAUAAGACGCUUGAUGCCAUGUCCAGAAGUAAUUCCCUUUUCCCUCAGCACCUGUUUCAGCAGGGAGGUAAGAGCAACAAGGAGUUGAUGCUGAUGCUCCAUGGCAUUCAGCACAUGGACUGGAGCAGCAAAAGCGAUAUAAAGAAACUCUAUUUCCUGGCAAAAGUGCUGGAGGCCGAGCUUGAGAAGAAGAUGCCCAAGGCUAAGAACCUCACGGGCGCGCAGAGCGUCCUCUCUGCCCCCCUGCUGCUGGCAAUGCAGAGGCGCGAGGUGCGCGGGGCCCCGGCGGUGCGGUGGGACGGGCCCGCCGGAGCCGCGGGCGGGAUGCGGGCGGCGCGGGACACAGGCCUGCAGCGCCUCCCGCCUCACCCCGGGGAGGCAGCCGGGAGGCUAAGCCCUGCUGACACGUUCUUCAGCCACCACAACGUAUCCAUGCUUUCGKCAAAGCGUCCUCUUUUGUACUCGCCAGCAGAGGCCUCUCCUUUGUCCAGGUCUUUUAAGAGCCAAAAUUACCCUGGUGCUAUGGAACAGGCCAAAAAUCCUCAGGAGCUGGAGGCCGUAGAGGAUGCCAAGGAAGCACCACCUCCGAGCCACAGCUACGUGUGGACCUACAAAAUGAAGGGUCAGCAAGAGAGCCUGUGCGAGAGAAGGGAUGAGCUUUUAUACAGGCCGGACCACGAAGAGAACCCAAAGGAAGCGCCCGCGCCAACCCCGAGUAAACCCGAGCAGGGACUAAACCCGGCGGGACAGCUUUUCUAUAACCUAUUGGUUAGCAGCAACCACCCUGCUGAAACGAGGACGCUAGAGAACAAGCCCAAAGACAAGACAUCUCCUCCAGGAGACCUCUUCGAGAGCAAGCUCAGGCAGCGGCUGCGCGCGCUCGUCCCGGACGAGGCCGUGCGGGCGUUCGUGGGGCGCGCGGCCCGCGCCCUGCGCGCCGACUGCGGCCUCCCCGCGGCCCAGCCCGCCUGCGCCAAGAUGGUCUCCAAGCUGGGGCUGCUCAUGGAGGUGCUCAGCGAGCAGCGCGACGGCCGCGGCGCUUCUGCCCUCGCAGGCCGCUGCUUGCUGCAGGGGGACGUUCCCAACGGCACGGCGCGGCCCCAGGCGGCAGGCGGGAARCUCGCAGGGAAGAAGAAAUCAGCGUUGGCGCACGGCAACGGGCUCCUGAUAGCAGUAUCGGUGUCUCUCUCCAUCAUACUCUUCCUCAUGCUGAUUUGCCUGAUCGAGGUUUGCUCCCAAAAAUCUGCAGCUGCUUCCCAACCCCAGGGCACCGGUAAAUCACGCCUGAGACGGUUCUUCCAGAAAUUCCUGCCGGAGAGACGGAGCAAGAAGGGCCCUGCCGCUGCGAAGCAGGCCUCUCCCGGCUCCGAGCCGAACGGGAGCAAACCGCCCUGGCUCCGCGACGUGUACCAGCCGCUGGACUCGCAGCGGAAGAGAUCCCUGGCUCAGAAACUCUUAGACGACGAGUCCUCGGACGAGGAGGAGAUUUUCAACAAGGCCGAGAUGAAGAGGCCGGAGGAGCAGCUGAACCGGGAGCGGCAGUGAGGCCCUGCUGCGCACCGGGGCUCUCCAUCGUUGUGUGACACGC